GAAGAAAUUGUAUUUUCUGUGUUGGGCUAGGCUCAUGCAACCGUGGGCUCAAACCCAAUGUCCUUCCUCUUCACCCCCUCCGAAGUCCCAACGGCUUAACGGUUUAGGGUUCUUUCUUGUUCAAUCAUUUUCCUUUUCCCCUGUUAAGGUUGGCGAAUUAAUCACGACGAUGGCUGCAAGCUUUGCUUCCAAAUGCUCCGGGGUGGGCCGUUCAUUGCUGGGUGGCCUUGUAAACAACUUCUCUAAAUUGCCCAGCACAUCAAGUGAGAUAACAUCUGGCAGUUUCCUGUCUCAGCAACAAAGGACUUUUAUACAGAUGAGAACUGUUCUCAAAGUAGUGGACAACUCUGGGGCAAAAAAGGUUAUGUGCAUACAAGCUUUAAAGGGGAAGAAAGGGGCAAGAUUGGGAGACACCAUAGUUGCAUCUGUAAAGGAAGCCAUGCCUAAUGGUAAGGUGAAGAAAGGAAAGGUGGUAUAUGGUGUGGUUGUGCGUGCUGCCAUGCAGCGAGGCCGUUGUGAUGGGAGUGAGGUCAAGUUUGAUGACAAUGCAGUUGUUCUUGUUGACAAGCAAGGCCAGCCAAUAGGGACCAGAGUAUUUGGGCCAGUCCCACAUGAGCUGAGGCAGAAGAAGCACGUCAAGAUCCUUACCUUGGCAGCGCACAUCGCCUGAAGCAUGGAUGCAUCAUUGUCCUCAGCAUUGAUUUUUUGCUAUCCAAGCCUUGAGAUGUAUUCAUGUCGUACCAAUAACAGAGAAAGGGAAAAAAGGGAAGGAAAGAGGCAUGGAAAAAAUUGACGGUUCUUUCCCUUCUACCGUCCUGGAUAUAGAGGCUAGAUGGAACUGAGUACUUAUUAUCAGGGCCAUGGCCAUGAUUUAUAUAUGUUGUCCUCAUCUUCAAUGAGAAAGUAGUAUAUCUGAUUAGACAGAAAAUGCCUUAGUGUUGUUCACCCCUGGUUGAAUAAUCAGGAGAUCUAGUUAAUUACUCUCUAUGCAUUUACAUUUUUUUUAUUGUUGCCACGUUAGUUUGUAGGAAGAUGAAAAUAAAGUAAUUUUCCUGCUAUGGGACAAAGUAAAUCUCAAACAUUAUCAUUUUCUUUGGCUCCUUCAA